AGAAGACUAGUAGCCCUAGCAAGAGCAGCAGCCACUCACCCCCACCUUCUCCAUCACCGAACUGCUCACGUCGGUCAUAGGGUCCCGUCGCCGCCGGUGUUGUCAGAGAACCCUCACGUCGCCACCAAUCUCCCACUCCUCCCAUCGGCAUCGCUGUCGUCCGUUUGCUUCUCGUCGGAGCGCAUCUGCUCUGUCGCUGUCCUCUUCCCUCUGUGCGCUGAUUUUUGACUUUUUUUUAUUAUUUUGUGAAAAAAGAAACGGAAAAGGCAAAAGGGAGAAAGAAACAAAACAACAAACAGUUUGUGUGCGUGUUCGUGUUCGUGUUUUUGUGUUCUGACUUUUCACUGCACGGGUCACCGCCGUUUGGAGACAAUGGCCGGCAAAGGCGGAAGCGCUCCGGCCACGUACUCGCCGUCUCCGACUACUCAGAAGAAGAAAACUUCCCUUUUCCAAGAAGACUGGGUCCGACCUGAUGGCCGCGGCUUCCACCAGUGCAGACCUGCUUUUUUCAGGACUGGUGCUGUGAAUGCUGCAUCAGGAUCAGCCUAUGCAGAAUUUGGAAGUACCAAGGUCAUUGUAGCUGUAUUCGGGCCUAGAGAGAGCAAGAAGGCAAUGAUGUACAGUGAUAUAGGGCGUUUAAAUUGCAAUGUUAGCUAUACAACGUUUGCAAGCCCAGUUCGUGGACAGGGGUCAGAUCACAAAGAAUACACUGCAAUGCUUCAUAAAGCUUUGGAGGGUGCAAUAAUAUUAGAAUCUUUCCCCAAGACCACUGUGGAUGUUUUUGCUUUGGUGUUGGAAUCUGGCGGCAGUGAUCUCCCAGUUGUCAUAUCAUGUGCUAGCCUUGCCCUGGCUGAUGCUGGAAUAAUGAUGUAUGAUCUCGUUGCAUCAGUUUCUGUGUCCUGUCUCAGUAAGAAUCUUGUCAUUGAUCCUAUUUUUGAGGAGGAAAAUUCCCAAGAUGGAAGCUUGAUGAUUACGUGCAUGCCUUCUCGCUAUGAAAUUACUCAACUUACAGUUACUGGGGAAUGGUCCACCCCAAAGAUUAACGAGGGAAUGCAACUUUGCCUCGACGCUUGUGCAAAGCUUGCAAAGAUUAUGAGGUCAUGUUUGAAAGAAGCUGCUUCUGAUUCUCAGGAAUAGAAUAUGGAUGGUAUGUUGACACGAAGUACGAUGAUGAUUAUGUUCUACUCUUAUUCUUAAAGGAACAAAGCUUGCAAUAGCCAUUUUACCUUGAUGUGCAAAUUAAUGUAGCUUAUUGCCACGAAUGACAUCUUGUGGAGCAAAAUGAUUUUGGCUAGGUUUAUGUAAAUAUAACUUGAAGUUGGUGUUAUUUUUUCUGAAACAUGCGUUCAGCCUUUGGAUUUUCAACUGAACUCUGAAAUAGUAAUGAACUCUAAUAUUUAAGUUUUGGAGUUGUUGUUUUCUUAGUUUGUUUUGACGAGGAGAAUAUUAUAUGCAUUAUUUUUGUAUAUAUUUCACUUUUGAUAUUAGAAGUGAUUAAUAAAAGGUAAAAGAAGAUAAUAUUUUUUAAAUUGUAAAAGAAAAAAACAUGUGAAAAGAUGCAAGUAUCAUUUCUUUUUUGAAAAUGUAUAUUCUACUUUGUAUAGUUGGUUUUAAAAUUAACCUUUAAAAUACAUUGGACCACAUCGUAUAAUAUUGGGUUUGCUCUAAUUAAAAUUUUCUCUAAGAAUCAACUCGAGAAAAAACAAACGAGCAAAUAAAGCAUGACCGAAAACAAAAAACAAACAAAUAAAGAUAACCUCAUAUAGUUUCAUAUUUAGGCUUUAAAAUGUCAUCAAACGCACUUUGAUCCUGCCAGCUAGUUCUUUUUCGAAGAUUACUUUCAUAGUAUUGAUUUUGAGGUACUAACUAACUUGGUACUAUCUGAAAUGAACAUGUUGAAAGGCUAAUAUUUGAUGCAAUCGUGUGUGUCACAAAACACGUGCAUUAGAACUCAUGUUAAGUUUGCAUAAAGUCACAAGUUGAAAAGUUGUUCUCCACAGUGAUUGCUCGAGUUUGUGGUGUUUGAAAUUUAAGGGGGAAAAAAUGAAGUUUAGAUGGUGAAUUGGUGAUUGAGUUUUGGAGCACGCAACCUAGUCAUGUGUCUGCUGUUUUUCAUUGUUUUUCAAGAACCAAAAUUGCUUGCAGUUGAUAUUCUUAUUGCUUGCAAUUCGUUUACUCUGUCAGAUAUUUGCAAUUAUGUCACUGAGUGCUAAAAAAAGAUAAUUUUGUUUCAUUACAAUUUUGUAGCUGAACUUGAAUUUAAUCAACUCAAUUUAACUAUUAUGCUUUUGUAUUCUUUUACUUAUGUUCUAUUUAACUGUGAUGCUUUUGAUUCUCUUUUGCUGAAAUCCUACGAUCCAACUUCAAGCUGUUUUGGAUUAGAAUUGAAGUUCUCUAAUUUGUAUAAAGCAUGUCUGCAGCAUUCAAUUUAUUUGAUAUUACCUUUCGUUAAAAUUAAAUGAUGAUAUA